UCAGAAGUUCCAGGAGAACCCAUUCUGGAAAGGUUCUUGUGUCAUCGGACCCAUGACCUUAGAGGAAGUUACAGCACAACCCACUUCCCAUAAUAAUAUCACACCUUUCUGCAGAGCUCAUUGAAGUUUUUGCCUGAGCUUUUGUCAGAAAGGUAAAAGGCCAAUCAGAAGAAAAAAGCUGUAUUGCAUAGCAGGUAGUGUUUAAUGUGCACAAUAUCCAGUUGCUGGAAUGAAAUCCAAAGGUUCAUGACUUGUGUUCCGUUUUUUUAUCCUUUGUUUCAAUUCAAGUGGACAAUUGGAUGGACUGUUCUCUGCUAUUCAUAGUGAUUGGGCUGGCUGAUGGAUCUUCAGCAUGGAAGGUAGAAAUAAACUAUCAUGGUAUUGAUUGUAGUACCCGGUGGUCCUUAGAUCCGUGGGGGGGAAUGCCCUUCUUUCUGUUUUGUCCUAUUUCUUGUAUCUAUCUCACUUGUUUGUCUGCGUCAUGGCAAAGCCCUACUAGGAUGGACCAGAAAUGUGCAUGACAGUAGCUAUGAGGCUGGAGGUCUGAGGAGAAUGGUGGUCUGAAUAAAACGGGAUGCACACUUCAGCACAAGUACAGUGAACAGUCUCGAAAAUUUAUAUGAAUUUGUGCCGUGAACCUCCAAUAAAAAGAAAUAGGGACCAUAUGUUGUUUGCUGAACUUACGCUUUCUGAAUGAAUGAUUGAUCGUCGUAAACUCUUCCUCGCACAGCACGCAUCGGCUCAUAAGGAACCUACAAGGUCCAGAAGAAAUCCAACCACAAGAAAGACGAGAUGACAUAUUAAUCAAAUCGAACCUCUCUCUCAACCCCUCUCAAAGAAAAAGAAAAAAAGCAAAAAUACAGCUGUAUAUCCACAAUUAUCAGGUUUGUGACAAAUAUAUCCACAACUAUCGAAAUACAUGAAAUAUCCAAAAAUCGGAAGGUUGUGUGACAAAUCUAUCCACUUCCGUCUGAUAACUAUAACGGCGUGUCAGACGGCGUUAAAUUGACUAACGGAAUGCUGAAUCGAUGCCAGCUCACCUGACACAUAAGCCAAAAAGCAAUCAAACUUUACACGUAGAUGCCAAAUAGGCUAGUUGAAUAAAGGCAAAAUACAGCUGUAUAUCCACAACUAUCAGGUUUGUGACAAAUAUAUCCACCACUAUCAGGUUUGUGACAAAUAUAUCCACAACUAUCGAAAUACACGAAAUAUCCAUUUUCGUCCACUCCGUUAACUCCGUCAGUUAACUUGAUGACUGGACAAACGGUGGAUGCUUAGUUGACGUGUUUCUGACCCCACUGAAUGACGUGGAUUAAAAGAGAAAAAAAAUUUAAAAACCCUAAAAACCACAGACAACGAGACUAAAAAUUCAACCUAGAAACACGCCCGAUAACCACUGAUUUCCUCCGAUCGACGCCUCCACCCCCAAAUAACCCUAUCCCAAGCCCAGAUUGUGAUUCCAACCACAAUCCCCAACUAUUGCCUCCCUUUUACUCCGACGGCUUCAAUGCAGUCGGUGCCAUGGUGAUACCAAGUUUGAAUCUAACCAUAUCGCCAACAGAGAAGACUACAACAUCGAGGUCUAACAGAUAACGGUGUAAAGUUUGGUUGCUUUUUGGCUUAUGGCAGGUGAGUUGGCAUCGAUUCAGCAUUUUGUUAGUCAAUUUAACGUCGUCUGACAUGCCGUUAUAGUUUCAGACGAAAGUGGAUAGAUUUGUUACACAACCUUCCGAUUUUUGGAUAUUUUGUGUAUUUCGAUAGUCGUGGAUAUAUUUGUCACAAACUUGAUAGUUGUGGAUAUACAACUGUAUUUUGCCUAAUUUUUUUCUCUUUUAAUCCACGUCAUUAAGUGGGGCCAGAAGCAUGCCAACUAAGAAUCCACCGUCUGUCUAGUCAUCAAGUUAACUGACGGAGUUAAUGGAGUGGACAGAAAUGGAUAUUUCGUGUAUUUCGAUAGUUAUGGAUAUAUUUGUCACAAAUCUUAUAGUUGUGGAUAUGCAACGGUAUUUUGAAAAAAAAAAGUAUAUGAAAGUUCCAGUUCACACUCCCCUCUGCUUGAUGAUAUAAGAAGAUUAGCAGCAUGUUAAGUACGAGGUGUAGUAGAGUGACAGUUGUAAUCGUUGUUUUUACAAUUGUAUUUUUUGCAGUUGUAUGACCACAACUCGGAGAUAAUCAUAGUUGUCUUGUCUGUAGUAAUUAUUUAACGUGAAAGAUGGCCCAAGCCAUGAAUAUGAUAAAAAAAAAUGGCCCAUUAUUCUUAUUGGGCCUCAGAGAGCCCGAAACAUCGAUCUGAAGUCCGAACAAAACAAUUUGUCGGAAUUCCUAAUCCGACAACUAAAUGGAAGCAAAGCCGCCGCCGCCGUAUAACUGGAGUAAAGCACUCUUCGUCUCCGUCGUAAUCCCUAACCAGUGUCCAUCACAGAAUCGUUUCUUCCGGCGCCGGCGUUGGCGUUGGCGUUAUCUUCCUUCAGGCCAUCCGUCUGCGCCAUGGCUAUGAAGAAGCACUACACCUCCGAUUCGGUUAUGCCGCGACGCAUCCUCCUCGGCCGCUGCGGUAAACGGCCACGAAUCAGUUCAGAAGCAACAAAUCCUCGUCCUCCUCCUCCCACGGAGAUUAGCAAACUCGGAGACGAUCUUCUCGUCGAGAUUUUGAUUCGUCUCCCGAGCCCCAGAUCCGCCUGCCGCUGCAAACUUGUUUGCCAUCGCUGGAGGUCCCUCAUUUCGAGCCCUUGCUUCAACAGCCGUUUCGUUUCUCACCACCAGAGAUUGGAGCUGCUGCUGCCCCAGCCACCUAUGCCGACGAACCCGCACGAGCUGCAAUCGAUCAUCCUGGGCUUUCUCCCUCCCAUGCCUGAUAGCGUUGGAGGCAGUCUCAAAGUUUUGGAUUGCUUCAAGGACUUGGUCUUGUGCGGGUUCUGGGAUGUGUAUAAUCGGGAGCUUAGCAGAUCGUACCUGAUCUGCAAUCCGUUUACGAAGCAGUGGAUCGCCCUACCUUUAGCCCCUAGAAAGCCAGAGGGGUAUUUCUCAUCAGCUUCAAGGUUAGUUUGUGAACCCCGUAGUUCUAAUAAUCUUGAUCUAGGAGACGGCCAAACAUUUGUUUAUUCUGAGUACCGCUUCGCGGUGGUGUGUAUAUAUCAAGAAAUCACAUCGAAGAUUUAUCUAAAGCUAGACGUAUUUUGUUCCGAGUCUGGAGAAUGGACCAACGAGGCAUUUGUCGGCGUUGGUCAGAUGAAAAUAGGAGGAAUGGGGUCUGUAAGUGCGUGCAGUGGGCAGUUUUUCUGGACGUAUGAGAGUCCCAUUGGAGCUCCGCUUUCGCUGGCUGUGUUUGAUCCUUUCCGCCAUGGUACACCUCCCGUUUGCAUCGAUACGUCUGCAUUCCUUGGGGGAUCAUUAGUGUGGACAACUUCGGUUUGCCAAGAUGCUUUGCACAUAAUUGCUAACAACCGCAAAAGUGCAACUCUUCGUCCAACCAUUUGGAGAUGGGAAGAAGACGGUAAAUCUUGGAGGAAACAAUGUGAAGGGUCGGUGACUAAGGAAUGUCCUUGUUGUGGCUACGAACCUAAGGAUUGGAUUGAACCUUUUCUUCAUCCAUAUAAUCCAGAGAUUGUCUUUUUCCAAUGCAUUGGUUGUGAGACUGCUUUACUGUCUUGCGAUUUGAGAAGGGAAGAGGUAGAGUUCGUCGCUAAUGUAGAAGGGAGGCGUGCUGGCAUUCCAGUCAAGGUGUUUGAGCCUAGGGUAUUUUGCUGGCCGGCUCCAAUUCCAAGAUACGAGGAAUUGCGAGUUAUGUACAAUGGAAGCUAUAGCUUUUGGAUUCAGAGCAGCAAUGAAGCAACCACUCCCACGAGUACUGCUGCUGAUGCUGCUAUCGUUCUAAUUCUACCGAUAUGGACAGAGAAGAGAUGGAGGCGCCAACGAUCCAGAUGAAUAGCGGCCUAACUUGUAAUCUUCAAUAAGUUUAAAUUCUUUUAGCAAAUGUACAAAAUACGCCAGUUGCAGUAAAAAGAAGAAUUGGAAAUUUUGACAGGAGGAAAGAACUUGAGCUGUGUAUCACUAGUUUGCAAGAAUGAAUGGAGCCAUGGAGGACUUGCAGAACAUGCUGAUGUAUAUAGAGGGGGCAUAGAUGGAACUUUUUCAACAUGAUGCAUUCUCUUUGUAUAUUCUGAAUCAAUAUAUAAGAAAAUAAAGAGAAGGGAAAAAAAGCAUCAGCCUUUCUUGCAUACAUUAUUGAGAAUGUCCAAAGACCAAAAGUGAGAAAGAACGAAAGCGGAGAAAACAAUUAGGGAUGGCAAUGGGUCGGGUCAGGGACGGAUAGUGCAUAUCCGUUACCCUACCCAAAGUAGUUUGGGUUUUACCCAUACCCAUACCCACAUUUAAAACGGGUAGAAAAUUAAAACCAUGCCCAUACCCGUUCGGGUUUCGGGUAUCCACGGUUAUCCAUGGGUAAUGAUUUCUCUUCAUAACUCCAACUAAUAUGUUAACAUUCAAACGUAUUCUCACAUUACGGAAGAGGAAAAGUAUGACAAUAAUUCACUAGAAUGAAGAAAAUUAAUUAAAACAACACAAUUUCAUGAAAAUAUUAUAUUUAUAUGCUAAAUAUAAAAUAUGUUAGAGAAAAAUAAUGACUAUUUCUAAACAAAAUACAUAUGUAUGUGUAUAAUCGGGCGGGUUCGGGUUGGAUACUGAGAAACCCAUGCCCACCCAUUACCCGCAAUAUUCGGGUUCGGGUUUUACCCGUACCCACUAAAUGUCCUUCGGGUUCGGAUUUUACCCUACUCGAUUAGGCCGGGUUCGAGCGGAUAUCCACGGUUACGGAUAUUUUUGCCAUCCCUAAAAACAAUAAUGGCAAAUGAGACCAUUAAUCUCUCUUCCCAUGUCACUUUCAUCUCAACUGUGAAUCCAGGCAUUAUUGAUCACCAGGAACUGCACUGUGAAUUCCAGUAUUUUAUACAUGCUGCUGUCCCUGUGAUCAGAAGUUCCAGGAGAACCCAAGUUCCGCAGCUCUGAUGGUUUAGUUGAGAUAUUAGUUUGCUGUACAUGUAAUUUUUUGGACAUAGAGCAUCGGACGCAUGAUCCUAGAGCAAGUUAUAGCACAACCCACUUCCCAUAAUAAUAUCACCUUUCUGCAUAACUCGUUGAAGUUUCUGCCCGGGUUUUUGUCAUAAAGGAAAAGGCCAACCAGAAGGAAAAAGCUGUACUGCAUAACAGCUGCCUUGCUGGUAUGGAAUCCAGAGGUUCACCACUUGUGUUCCGUUUUUAUCUUUUGUUUCAAUCCAAGUGUUUCAGUUUAUCAUUUACAUCUAUCAAUUUUAAUAUAUAUGUUUAAACUAUUUGUAUCUUCAAAAAAAUUAUAUUCCGUAUUCAGGCGAGUACGCGGUGUGCCUAGAUAUUGAAAAUUAUAAAUACUUAGCACAUGAUAUACGUUAUUCUUAUCAUAAAUCAAGCUAUGUCGCAAAGGUUUAUCUUAUGUCAAGAUUUGUCAAUCAUGAUGCUUAAACAUAUUAUGAUUAUUUAAUACCAUACAUAUCAAUUCACGAUUCUCGAGUUUGGAAGAACCCUCAACCAUUGAUGUUUUUCAUAUUAGGACAUCUUAGCUAGACUUUCUUAGUAAAGAUACUUCGUUAUU